CGGGAUUCAGUUAGCAACUUGCUCCGUUAGUUUAUGGAUGGACUUUCUCAUUUCUGCGAUCACGAAGUCCUCAUGAGUCAUGAUACCGACUCCUUUCUCCCGCAGCUCCGUCCACGUUACAAUUGUUCGUUCAAGGAUGGAAGUAAAACUGACGCAAGCUUUCCGAUGGUACGAUUCACAUGUCCAGGCCCGCCAAGUGUGUGGAGUUUCUUCCUGUUAAUUUCGGACUGUUGUUCAUACAUGAGGGUUUCGCGUUGUUUCUCGUACUUGAAGAUCCUUCCACUUACAUGAAGAUUUCACUGCGUCGAAGACACGGGUUGUGAGUGGGAGCAGGUUAUUGAUCUGAGUCUUGGAAGGGCCUGUUUGAACUUUUGAUUACAUGCAGUGAGAAGCUGGUUGUCCCUUCCUUACAAGAUGAUUUGUUGCAGACAAACGUGACUGGACAUUGAGAAUCUUGACUUCUCUGUCAGUGCACGAUGGGUCUGUGCCAAGUUCGAAAGUUUUCUCUUGCUUGCGUGCUGAACGAGGAAGCCAUUACUUAGUCGAGACCCAAGGCUUGCUGUCCAGAUGGAGACCAUGAUACUCAUGAAUAUCGCUUCACAUGGUAACUAUAGUCGUGUUUGUAUGUGACUACGAGAUGAAGUGGAGAUCGCAACUAUAGAGCAGGAAUUUUUUAUGCACUUCCAAUGCUCCAGGACACUAUUUGUGGAUGGGCUAUUGUUCUUCGUAUAUAGUGCUUUCACUCCUGAGAAUCGUCUCCAUCCACACUUCACAGUGAGCUCAUGCACAUUCCACUAAGAUUCGAGACCAGGGCUCGCUUUCAUCUUGUACUCAGGUUCAAGCAGACGUUGGUCAGACUGCAGGACAGGCAGAAAACUGUAAUAACUAGUGUCUGGAGUUGAAUACUUGCCUCUUUAAAUUAUCCAUCAUAUUUGUUUGUGGC